AUGGUGCACAGUUUCGACAACACCUUUCGCGUGAUGAGCAGGAAGGAACUGGAGGCUGGAGUCCCCAUCGAAGGAGUCGCUGUGGUUUUUGCCGCUCAGAUUUUCAACGACAAGUGCAUGACCAUCGUGGUUCGAUGGUUGUUUCGUGGCAGCUCCAUUGUUGUUCCCCAGUGGUUCCACUGCAAACCCUUCUCCAACGGCUUGCACAAGCCUGCUCUGGGGCAGAUCUUCGACACCACCUGGGGCGCAAAGUUUUCUCGUCCAAAGACCCGCGCUUCGCGUCCUCGCCGUCUUUUUCUUUCGGGAGCCGCAGCAGCAAUGAGCAUCUUGGUGAGAUGGGAUCCCGCCGCUCAACACUUUGGCCUCCAAUCGAAGUUUCUUCUGCUGGAGCACUCAGCAGUUCAGACAAAUGUAAAACAGGGACGCAUCGAUGUCAAGAUGGGGAGACCCUUUUAG